UUUUUUGAAUAAUGGUAAAAAUAUUUAGUCAGCAGUGCUAAUGACUACUUCACGUCUGGGUAAAAAGCUAGCACUUUUUAAAAAUGACUCAAACUUCAAUAGUUGCUUGAAUUUUGCGUUCGACAAUUGUUUAGUUAAAGUGGUGACUCCAAAAAGGCUUCGACAUGGUGAUAAAAUCGGUAUCUGUUAUUUUGAAAGAAUCUCCAAUCAUAAACAAGGGUCCGAGUUGGGGGAUCCGCCAUCUUCAAGUGUUGUUUUAUUUUCUACUUUUGACAUACACUUACUCUAUGAGAAGUGUACUUUCUGUAGCAAUUGUCGCUAUGAAUGACAAUUCGACAUCUUCGAAUCCUAAUAUUGAGACAUACGAUUGGAAAAACCAAAGUGUUGUAUUGUCGGCAUUUUUCUGGGGGUAUUUUGUACUUCAGGUGCCCGCUGCUGAACUAGGGAAAAAAUUCGGGGCAAAAUGGAUACUCGUAGGUUGCGCAUCGAUAGAUUCGAUGUCUUGUAUGUUAAUACCAACAAUGGCUAGAUACUUUGGCGCUGGAGGAGUCAUCGCAUGUAGAAUUUCUCAAGGAUUGGCACAGGGAGGUAUACCGCCAUUAGUACAUAUGUUGUUAGGAUGUUGGGCACCACCGUCUGAGAGAUCUGUUCUUACCACGAUUACAUACGUAGGUUGUGUAUUUGGAAAUAUUUUAUCACUCUCAACAACUGGAGCCAUCUGCUCAAGUCGGUUUGGUUGGCCAGUAGCCUUCUAUCUCUUUGCAGCUUUAGAACUAAUAUGGAUAGUUACGUGGAUUAUGUGUGGAGCAAAUAGACCUAGUUUGCAUAAAAAAAUUACUGAGGUAGAAAGAGAAUACAUAGAAAGUAGUUUAGGCCAGAAGGAACGAAAGGUACACAAUACUCCAUGGAAAAAAAUUUUGACUUCGUCUCCAUUUUGGGCUGUGACUUUAGCAUUUGUAGGAGCCAAUUGGGGUAGUUCAAUAUUAUUAACCCAAACCCCAACGUAUUUACACAAUGUACUUAAUUAUGAAAUUAAAUCUAAUAGUUUACUAUCAGCCGCCCCAUACGUGGCUAUGGGAUUGUGUUCAGUAGUAUUUAGUCCUGUCUGUGAUUAUUUGAUAAAUAGAAAUAUUGUUAGCCGCGGAAAUGCCAGGAAAAUAUUUAAUAGUAUCGGUACUCUGCUUCCGGCUCUUAGUCUGGCAUUACUUGGUUUUAUUCCAAAAGAACAUUCAUAUCUCUCAGUAGCACUUUUGAUUUUUAAUGGUGGAAUUACAGCAGGAGGUUUCUGUGGAUUCCAGGUGAACCAUGUUGAUCUGUCGCCUAACCAUUCCGGAAUUCUCAUGGGGAUCACGAACAGUUCGACCAGUAUAUUUUCGAUUAUUUCUCCACUUAUCGUGCAGUUUAUCGUCACUGAUCUGACUAACCAAAUACACUGGAGAAUUAUAUUCAUAAUUGCGGCUUGCGUCUAUUUUGUGACAGACAUAUUUUUCAUUAUAUUUGCUUCGGGGGAAGUACAGGAGUGGAAUGAUAUUGAAACACAGCCAGCAGUACCCCACAAUGAGCAUAAUCAAGAUAUAGAAAACCAAAGCUCGAGCGAAUAAAAUGUUUUAUUUUGUGAUAUUCUUAGGAACUAAAAUAAACUAAAAAAUGUUAAGCAAAAUAUAGUGGAACUCCAUAUUAAAAACAUUUUGUGGACAUCAAGAAUAAGGA